AUGUCUCCCAAGCAGUCAGACUCAUACUACCACCUACAAACCAUGGAGCCUUCCGCCCACGAGCUUGACCUCAACGCCCAGGCGUGGAUCCAGCCCAUCAUCAUCGAGGACGAGGACCUCAUGUUUGGCGGAAAGCCGCUGAGCGCCUGGUACGAGGAGGACCGCUCGCGGAGCACCAGCAGCAACAGCAGCGACGAUGGCAACCAGAGCCCUUACGAGGAGGAGGAGCGUCGGGGACGAGAGCGCACGAGGAGACACUACCACGACGGCAAGGCGCUGAAGAAGACUCACCGAAAGUGA